UCGGCGGAAGUGACUCAAUAGCGCUUCAUGCUGCAGAAUAAUGCACUUUUAACCGCUCAGAGUUUCACAAAAAUGUCUUAAAAUCUAAUGUUUUCAUAAAUGCAUUUUAAUCUCCCACACUGUUGGAGUAAUUAUCUUAAUAAGCUUUUAUCGCCGCAGUAAGACGGAUAUUGUUCACUCUGAUCCUGGUUUCAGCUGGAUUUCUGCUCAUUUGGACUGAAGCUGGACUGAAAAGCACAAAGCGACAUAAUUUGACGUACAGACUGAAUUUGAGUCAGAUUGGGAUGUGAGCACAUUAAAUCACAUGUGAAAUAUUAAAGCGUUUUAAGUGUUGGAGUGACAGAAGUCGCGUGAGUAACGUUACAGUGCGCGAGAAUAAACACGUUUGAAGAAGAGAUGGACCAAAAUGAAUCAUAAAAAGAGUAUAUUUAUUGAAGCCCUGGAUAAGUGUGAGGACAGGAGAGAUGGAGGCUUUAAGCAGUCCUGGAGGUGUUCUCUCUCAGAUGAUAGUGAAGACGACAGCAGACAUGACGCUGCCCUUAUGACCAUGGAGCGAGUGAGUGGCCAGCAGGAGCUUUCACCGGAGGGAAUCAAGACUCCAUCCAUGAAGAGCUUCAGUGCUAAUGGGUCUGUGGUGGAGACUCACGAACGACGUCCAAAUCAAUUAAGACCUCUCAACAGAACUGGCAAGCUUAGUGAAGCAGCUCAUUCAGUGAGUGUGUCUGCGCUCCCCAGUCGAACCAGCUAUCUGAUAAUGAGCCCGGCACCGUCCCAAGGAGUCGUGGUUCAGGGGCGGCUCUUCCAGCACGCACAGUUCUCUUCUCCAAGCAGGAAGAUGGAGCAAAGAUCUGAUCUGAUCCAAAGAGUGGAGCUGGAGAACAUUCUUCUCACGUGUCCACCGAUGUCAGAUUCAGGAGACCUCGCUAUUAAGAGACGUGUCCAUCAGAAACGGCGGACGAUGAACAGCAUUCCUGAUACUGUGGGCAGACCCGUUCAGCAGCCCCUUCAACCUGAUGAUUACCUCACAGUUUGUGGUAAAUGUGGCCAGCCAAGUGAGGACCAUGUCAAAUGUGACAACUGUGGGAAUGUCCUGCCUGCUGAGACUCUUUCUGCUGUUACAUCAUCACUGCCCCCUCGGCCCUCGGGUCCCGCGCAGACGCCCAGCCUUCAGAUAAGCAGAAGCUUUUAUGAGCCCACCUCUGGGGGGUGCUCUCAACAGCUGGACGUCAUCAUCAACCCAUCGGUGCGGAUCGCCCAUGGAAACAUGUUCCUCCCGCACAAUGGACGAGCCGUCGCCUCUUCUGGAAGCUCAGCGUGUAACGGACACAAGCCAGCUGGAGGCAAGAAGCAGCAGGCCACCAAACUAUGUGAACUAAACGACCCUAUUGUGCUGUCCAGUGAUGAGGAUGAAGAUAGUGAUAAUGUCAGCAGCACCGGGACGGUCAAUCGUUUAGACAGCGUGUCUCCAAGGCCAGCGGACUCUGCCCACUCGUCUCCAGCGCCCUCCGGUGGCCGGGUGGAAGCAGCGGUGAAAGCAGCCGGGGAACACGAGGACCCCAGUGCUGACUUUUUCACACAGGCGAACCACAGAAACCCGCUGCCCAGGAGGAGUCGAAUGAGAGAUUCAUUUGGGAACACUGUGUGUGAAGACCCGUCUCCGGCUAAGAAGAGGAAAAUGGAGCAGGUGCCGGUGUUGGGCAGUAUUAUUCUGGAGUGCAGGAGCGUGAGGAUUGGCACACUACGCAGGAUGGUCACCAAACCUGUCGUGUUUACAGUGGACUACAUUCAGCUGGAGACAGAAGGUCCUGAGGAGGACGUGUUGGAGAGCGUUUAUUUGAAGUCGUCUGAGCUGACCUUAUGUGAGUGGUGUAACGUCAGGAAGCUGCCGGUUCUCUUUCUGCAGACUAACAAUAAGGAGUGCCAGCGUUUACAGGCUGAGCUGCAGAUGUCUAAGGACAAUGAAGGAAUAUGGUACGACUGCAAUGGCAACAACGAUGAGAAGUAUAUUGUGUUGAUUUUCGAGUGCGGCCCCUCGAUGCAAGAACAAAUGAUUCUGGAGGAUAUCCUUGCUGAAAUCGGCCGAAACAACAAACUGCCAGAUUUCCCUAAGAAGAUUGGUUUUGAUGAGGCCAAUGUUAGACUGGUCGAGUACAAUAAAGCCUCCAAAGAAAAAGUAAAGGUUAAAGAAGACAAAACUGUAGUAUCAGCAACACCUUCACCUUCAUCACCCUCGGCAUCCUUUUCGGUUGUGACGGUUACCGUGGCAACAGCAAAUCCAGCCCCAACAGUCCCCGUCCCGUCGGCAGUGCCGAGUUUCCAAACACGCAUGUCUGCCCGGCUCCUGGAGUUCUGCGAAGAGGAGGAUGAGAUGGCAGAGCUCCAGCCAACCUUCACUGGUCCAAUCGUCAAGUUGCUGGUUUACCCCCCACCACCUGCUAAAGGAGGAAUCUCUGUAACCAAUGAGGACCUGCACUGUCUGAACGAUGGAGAGUUUCUCAACGACGUCAUCAUUGACUUCUAUUUAAAAUAUCUGUUUUUGGAGAAGUUAAAGAAGGAAGAUGCUGUCCGCAGUCAUGUGUUUAGCUCAUUCUUCUAUAAGAGACUCAAUCAAAGAGAGCGGAGAAACGCAGCCGACACGUCCAGCUUACCCAUUCAGAAGAGGAAACACAACAGGGUGAAGACAUGGACACGUCACGUGGAUCUCUUCCAGAAAGACUUCAUCUUUGUGCCCAUCAAUGAGUCUGCUCACUGGUAUCUGGCCAUAAUCUGUUUUCCGGGUCUUGAGAAGGCUCAUGUUGAGCCGAACCCACUGUACCAGCCUCAAGCUCCAGUCCCCAGCCCUGCGGCGUCCGGCGGGCCGCCCACAGCUGCAGGCGCAGACGAGCUGGAGGACCACAGCCAGCACAAGGCCGUCCCGCACAGAUCUGCCGCGGACGUGACCCGACAGCAGUACACGGAUGGCUUACACAGAAUAAUCGAGUGUUACGGAGCAGACGACUCCCAAUACUCUGAUGACCAAAGCUCAUGUCCGGAUGAGUGCAGCGAUGACGGCACGUUGGUGGAUGACACCGGGAGCUCUGACCGAGCGGAGUGGACGUCCAAGCCCACCAUCUGCAAACAGCCUUGCAUUCUGAUCAUGGACUCUCUGCGUGGACCCACACGCUCGACUGUGGUGAAAACGCUGCGACAGUAUCUAGAGGUGGAGUGGGAGGUGAAGAAGGGCUCCCAGAGGAGUUUCGGGAAAGAGGUGAUGAAGGGCUCGAGUCCUCGUGUGCCCCAGCAGGAUAACUUCAGUGACUGUGGAGUCUACGUGCUGCAGUAUGUGGAGAGCUUCUUCGAGAAUCCUCUUCCCAGCUUUGAUCUGCCGAUGAACCUAUUGGAUUGGUUUCCCCAGCAAAGGAUGAAAACCAAGCGGGAAGAGAUCAAGGAGCUCAUUCUGAAGAUUCAGACUCAGCAGCAGCUCAGUCUGGAGUGCGAGAAACAUGCGGACGCCGGCCACAGCCCGUACGAGGACACGUUAGAGUCAGCUGACCUCAUCCCUCCAAUCAGCUCCUGAGCUCCGCCCACGCUGCUACGCUUCUACCAUCACAUGACUUAUAAACACUAAAAGCCAAUCAGGGCCUUGUGUGAUUGUUCACUGCUGGACAACUCUGCCGUUAUUUCUUAUAGUU